AUGGCACACCGUUGGCUGGGGUUGGGUGGUAUACCCAAGCCUAUACAGUCUAGGGCUUCCAUAUGUCGAGAUGCGCCCAGCAUCCAUUCUAACAGCGGUCUCGCCGCCAUUGUUCUCGGCGAAUCAGACGGAUUCCGCGUUUACUACCACGACAAGGAUGGUGCUAUCAACGAGCUGAAGUAUGAUCCUAAAAGAGAUGAAUGGUCACAUAAUGGCUUCAUCACCAAAGACAUCAGCUCCUUGCCAGCCUUGGCCGCCACGUUUACCAGCAAGGAGAACAUAACAGUUGUUGCCCCGAGGGAUGAUAAGACCAUCGGCGUAACCAGGUACCAAAAGGAUGGAGAUUGGCAGAGAACAACUUUCCCAUACCCGCUUGACAGUGAUAUUGGCGUCACUCAGGAGACCGACAGAACAAACAUCACCGUGGACACUACCGCCGCAGUCAACUUCACUCUUCCUGCCUGGGACGGAGCCCCUCGCGGCAUUGGAAUCAGCGUCGACAGAGAGCACACCCGUUCAGUUUGGUAUAUCGGCACCGACAGGGCCCUUCAUUCGGCGUACAAUGGAGACUGGGUCUGGCACCUUCGCGAGAAUCAGACCGAAGAGAUUUGGCCCCUGGCCGACAAGCCCAAUGCCGAGCUGGCUGUUGCAGAGAUCGCCAACAAAAACACUGUCUUCGUGUACUAUAUCGUCAACGGCAAGCUGGCCGAGAUCAAGUACCUCAACGACGCCUGGCAACCAUGGAAUCACGUUCCCGAGCCACCGCCGAUCCCAACGACCACCAAUACCGCUCCGGAAUCGACAAUCACCUUUGCCGGCGACGGUAACAACGGGGACGACGACUCGUCUGGUCUGUCCACAGGCGCCAAAGCCGGAAUUGGCGUCGGAGUCUCUCUCGGCGCCAUCGCUCUCGGCGCCAUCAUCGCCGUCCUAUUCCUCAUCCGCCGCAAGCACAAACAGCAGCAGCAAACCCCGCAGUAUACGCCCUUCUCGGAGACCGCCUCAGGCACCCUGGCUCCCGACACGCCCGCACCCGCGUACGGCACACCCUCGACAGCUGUAGUCGCUCCAGACGGGACGGUGUUGAACGGUGACUUCGUGUGGGCUCAAAAGGAAGGAACGUACGGCCUUGCGCCAGAAGUGACCGAGCUCGACGGCCGGGAGCGCAGUGCGGAGCUAGAUGCACGGCCCGUGUACGAACUUCCACAUCAGCCGUAUCCGCAUUCUGAGGAACUGCAGGCGCGGGAGCCGAAGCCGAAGCAGCAGUGA